AUGGCUGCUUCCAUUGAUGACAUUUUCCGGGUUCCAAGAUUACAACUGCCUCCAAACAACUUUGAACCUGAUACCAGCGUAGAAGACCUUCGGUACCUGACCGUGGACCAGGCUUUGGGAGAUCUGGUUCAGUUCAUCCAGCAUGUCAAGAGUGACUCCUUCGAGAAUGGACGUUACAAUGGGCCUUUACACGCACAGGAAGAUUUCCCUGAAUACCUAGAAGUAAUCACAGAAGCGAUCCGCAGCCAAGGCGGCGAAGCAUGUGUGACGACCAUCGAGCAAGCUGUUGAGAGGAUCGUCCAGCAACUUACCACCACCACUGGCCCUGCUACUAUCUCUAACAUGUUCAACACAUGUUCCACAAUCCAGACUACUCCCCUGGACAUGGCCACAUUCUUCUGGUUCGGCAUCACCGAAACCUUCGCGGAUCUGGUGCAAUACGCCACUCCUGGAGACAUCCCUGAAGCUUGUGCUGUCCUAACUGACUCGUCUGUUGAUGAUCCAGUCCAGCGCCUAGCCAACUGGAUCACCAGCCAACCGUUGACGCAGCCCUGCAUCGAGACUCGUUACUCAGUAAUCGUAGAACAACACACGAAUACUAGCUAUGAUGCCCCGGAGUCCGUCAUGCGACUCUGGACGUACCAGACUUGCGUGGAAUACGGCUGGUACCCGACAACCACCAGUAACUACCAGCCUUUCCUCAACACGGUUCCUCUGGAGUACUUCCAUCAGAUGUGCAAAGACUUCUUCUCUUCAUAUUUCGACGAGCAAUUGCUCGCCUCUGGCGUAUGGCGCACGAACGCCUUAUUCGCCGGGCGCCAUCUACCGGACGGCGUGAUAACUGUAGCGGGUGGACACGAUCCUUGGGCGCCUAUGGGACCUAACACCACCCAUGCGACAGAGACGGCGCCUGUGUAUGUGGUGCCUACGGUGUCCCACUGUAGGGCUAUAGAAUCGACAGCGUCGAGCGAGACGGAAGAGCUGGCAAACGCCAAGCGCGCGGUGCUGAGCCAUAUGCAGUACUACAUGACCGGCGAACGAUCUUCCGCUACCACGAGUUUCGCUAGCAUCUUCAGUUUGUGGGUCGUUGUUGCUGCGUUCUUACUCAGAUAGGCAAAUAGUUUAUAGUGAAGACUGCUAGUACAAUAAGGGCCACUUGCACCAACGAAAAUGAUGGGUUAACCCAACAUUUUAUAUGUAAUUUGACAGAUGACAGCCCACUAACCCUGAGUUAAGUGGUUGGUGCAAGUGGGCCUAAUCAUUUUAUUUAAAGCGUUGCCACCAAUCAUUUUCUUUUCAUGAAUGCCCGUUAUACUACAUGCAUCAAUGUAAACUAACCUUUAGUAUGAUGACUACAUGACUGGCGAACCAGCUGGUAAUAUCGUCACUUUACUGGUUACCACUGGAUUAUUACUAAAUUCGUUUCUAUACAAUGAAGUAGUAAUCACUCUUCGGUGUGUUAGCGAGCGAGAAGCUUCACCAGAAUUUGGUGAAAAUAUCCGGUUCGAAUAAAAUAAUCAGUCUACUGAUAAUUUACUUAUUUUUCAAGUAUUUUCUUUGACAACAUAUGUUUAAGUCGUGUAAGGGCAUUUGCAGAAAUUGGGACCAAUGUGACAGUUGUUAACAAAAAUUAACUAGAUGUCGUUAAAAUUAACUAGUGACGAUAAUUAAGAAUAAAAUUUGUCUAAAAAUAAACUUAGCUUAAAUUACUUA